AAAUAUUUAGAAAACGUGAGAGUUAAAAGUGUCGUUUCCUAGAGUUCUGAAAAUUUCGAGAGAAGUUCCAUUUCUUUCCAUUCCAUGGAGGAUAUUUGAUUCGAACUCUUAAUCCUUCUAGAUUCAACUAGAAUUCUCCACACUCACUGAUCCUAUGCUUUUUCCACUCCAUCCGUCCACCUUCAUCGGAGCAUCUCUCGUCCUCAACUAUCAAUACCUUUCCUCUAUCGCAGGUUCAUCGUUUCAUCUAUCUAAACACACAAAUCAGCGAAUUCGAACAUGUUCGGCGUCGUCUUUCCCAAUCGAAGCUUUCCGAUGGACAUUUCAGCUUUCUCUCAAAUCGACACUUUCCAUUGGGUUCUCGACAUGAACACAUUCGUCGGUGAAGCUUACGAUCAGAUUCGUGAAAUGUGCAUUUUCUUAUUGAAUAAUUUCACUCUUCCGCCCGAUAAAGCUCUGGCUGUCUAUAUUCAAUCCCCUGGAUCUCCGUUUCUCUUCUGUGGUGCUGUAACCCUAGCCAGACCCUCGGCAGUGCUAUCUCUUCCAUGGCCGGAGCCGGGUGGUCAGAUGCAGCUUAUGCCACCCGAUUCGGCUCCUCUCUCUGCUAAAAUUGGAGUCUCCGUCCAGGAUUUGGCUUCCUUGCAGUCGCUUGAUGUGACGGCGGAAAAGCGGAUUGAGCGUCUGGCUCUAAAAGUUGGUGAGAAUCUGUUCAAUUUCAUGCAAUCUUUCUGCGGUGUUGAUGGUUCAAAGUUGAUUGUGCCAAUGGAUAUCUUGGAUAGAUGGUUCAAAAAGUUUCAGGAGAAAGCCAAGCGUGAUCCUGAAUACUUGAAAGGCUUCGUUUUGUAAGGAUCCAUUCUGCCCCCAUCAUCUUUUUUUGUUGGGAGGGGAAGAUUUUUGUGAUGCUGUAUUGUAAAGUAGUUUGUGUUAAAUGAAUUAGGUUCUGUGUUUUUUUAUGGAUUGCGAAAGUCGAUUUUUCCUUCAAAUCUCUGAAUUUCUGUUCUUCUGAUUCUGUAUCUCGUUUUGAUAUGAAAGAAAAUGGGCUUCUGCCAUUGCUGCAGAAAAGAGCAGCUUGUGGUUUGUUA